AAACUGAAAAAAUGAAACUUUUGAAUAAACACGGAGUAAAAUGAAUUGGGGAGGGUCAUAAGUGAAAGUGAGACUCCGCCGCCUCCUGAGUCUCUGUUUCAUCGCCGAUCGACAUCGCCGAUGCCAUCUCUCCGGUGACCACUCUUCAGGUGGGGUGCAGACCUCCUUCCCCUAAAUUGCCAAUUUAGGCAACCCAGAUCAGCAAUUUAAGAAGUGGGGUGCAAGAAGUCAGGAAAUGGAUUUUGAGAAUCGUCCUUCACCGCAGCUGACGCCGGUGGCCGCAGUGCAGUUCCAAGAAGGCAUUUUCCUGGUGCUCUCUAGAUGGACUUCUCUGCAGAUGGCCGUCGCAGAGGAGUGGGGCGGCCCCACAUCUCGUAAGAAGUCCGAGGAUCUCGUUGUACGCAUCUUCUCCAUGUUUGCCCAGUCUAAAGAAACGCUACACGUCAAUGAUUUGGAGGACUUUCUCGACGAAUUCAUGGUUUCUAAUUUCAGUGCCGAGCUCGAGGAUGGAAGUAUUGAGGAGGUUGCAGAAAAGUUGAUGAUUAUGCACGGGGAAUGUGCAGAAGGUAACUUCAGUACAAUUAAUGAUCUGAAGGCGACAAAUCUUGUGAGUUCCUCUGUCUCUUAUAGAAGACAGGAGGUUUGCGGUGAAGAAGAAGAUGAUAUUGAUAGUGAUGUUGAUAGUGAUAGUGUUGUUGAUGGCGAGAACGAUUUGUUGGGAAAGGAUUCUUCAGAUAUGGCAGUAGAUUCUUUUGCACAGCAAACAUGUAUGGACCAAAGAGAGAUGAUGGUGGAUGAACCAGUUGCGGGCAUCACAACCGAAGACGGGUGGACAGUUGUAUCUUCAAGGAAAAGAAAUGGUAAAAAAACUUAAUCCGAAUUCGAAAUGGUCUGUUUAUUGUUGUUUUAUACCAAUUUGGGAGAGUACUUGCAUUGCUAUUCUGCUUAACUAGCCUUUAUGUUAUGAUUAGAUAUGUAGAUGUGGUUUUUUGUUCACAUAUGUUCUCUUGAAGUCUUAGGGUCUCAUUAAAGGAUCAAUUUUUUG